CUCUCUGUCCAAGCUCCAUGGAGACCACUAGCAUCGGAGAAGGACUUUGUACUCAGGUAUUUAUGGAUGGCUCGUCGCCAGAGUUCUCCCAGACCUUGCGGGACAUACCUAGGCAGCACACGACAUCAGCAUGGCAGCAUUCACCUCGUCUCAGUAUGCCCUUGCUGCUGGAGGCAUUGGCAUUCUCCUUCUCCUUGCCAAAAUACUUACAAUUGGCCGGAGACCAAAGAACUAUCCUCCGGGGCCUCCAACACUGCCAAUCCUCGGGAACAUGCAUUUGAUGCCUAAGAAAGAUGCCCAUCUACAGUUCCAGAAGUGGGCGCAAGAAUAUGGGCCUGUAUAUUCCCUCAUCCUGGGCACAAAAACCUUGAUCGUCUUGUCAUCGGAUACGGCAGUCAAAGACCUCUUGGACAAGCGAAGUGCUAUCUAUUCGGACAGACAGCCAAGUUAUAUGGGUCAGGACUUGGUAAGCGGUGGACUGAGAGUCCUGCUUAUGAGAUACGGACCCACCUGGCGCAUGAUCAGAAAGAUGGUACAUAACAUCCUCAACAUCGUCGCGGCCAGAUCCUACGUCCCUUACCAGGAUCUCGAAAACAAGUACAUGCUGCUGGGAAUUCUCGAAUCCCCGGAUCUCUUUGCCGAUCAUAUCAGACGAUACACAAAUUCUUUGACAACCCAGAUGGUCUUUGGCUUCCGCACAUUAUCCAUCGACGAUCCAAAAUUGAAGCAAUUGUUCCAUGGUUUCGAGAAAUUUUGCGAGGUUACGGGGAAUGGCGUCGCUGUUGUCAUUGAUCUGUUUCCUAUUUUGAGGUAUCUGCCGGAUUUCAUGCUCCCAAUGCGUGCAUACUGUAAGCGUCUGCACGCAAAGGAAAAAGAUCUCUACGUUGGACAUUGGAUGAAUGUCAAAAAGGCCAUAAAAGCGGGGACUGCGAAGCCUUGCUUCUGCGUCGACCUCGUCAAAGCACAAGAAGUCGAAGGCUUUUCCGACGACCUCGCAGGGUACACUGCCGGCUCCCUCCUUGAAGCCGGCUCGGACACAACAGCCGCGACCCUAAUCGCGUUCAUUCAAGCCCUCGUCCUCUUCCCCAACGUCCAAAAGCUCGCCCAGGAAGAACUCGACCGCGUCGUCGGUCAAGACCGCCUCCCCACCAUGGAGGAUGAAAUGAAUCUCCAGUAUAUCCGCGGCUGCGUCAAGGAAAGUAUGCGUUGGAUGCCUACUGAUAUCUUGGGCGUUCCUCAUGCUGUCACCAAAGACGAUUGGUACAUGGGGUAUUUGAUCCCAAAAGGAGCAGGGGUGGUCAACAAUGUCUGGACCAUUCAUAUGGAUCCUAAGAGGCACCCAAAUCCGCGAGAAUUUGAUCCUUCGCGUUAUGCUACAGAUUUUCAGACGGCCGGGGAGGCAGCUGCAAACCCCGAUGUUUCGAAACGAGAUCACUUUACGCUCGGUACAGGUCGGAGAAUCUGCCAAGGAAUGCAUAUAGCCGAGCGAUCGCUCUUUCUCGGUAUCUCACGUAUCCUCUGGGCCUUCAACGUAGAAGCUCCACUGGAUGCGGACGGGAAGAAGAUCCUACCGGAUCCGAACAAAUUAACGCAGGGAUUGUUCGUCUUGCCAGAGCCGUUCCGGGCGAAUAUUAGGCCAAGGAGUGAGAAGCAUGCAGCAAUGAUCAGGGAGCAGUGGGACAGCUGUUUGCCAUUGUUGGAUGGGGAAAUGCAAUGGCGAGAGGUCCCGAAAGGGAUGGCUUUUAGUACUUAUGAUCCUACAAAGCAUCAGAGUGCUGAAUUUUAA